AUGAAUGUCCAUGCCCCCUUCCCAGUUACAGUCCAUCCCUACCGCUCCGGCUAUGCAGCCUACGAAUCAGGCCCGACCGGGCGCAAGAAUGCCAUCGUCUUCAUUGGGGGUUUAGGAGACGGGCCACAUUCUGUACAGUAUCUCCGGACAGUUUCAAAGCAUCUCGAAGAGGCCAAGAAUCUGAGUUAUUCCCUCUUUGAGUUUCUAAGAAGCUCCUUUUCAGGGUUCGGUACUGGGUCUCUCGCUGAUGAUGUUGCCGACAUCACUACGCUUGUCAAGUAUUUGAGAGAUAUUGGAAAGGACAAAGUCGUGCUUUUUGGCCAACUCAACUGGCUGGAUUGUGUGGAAUACGCAAAUUACGCCAAGCAUAACAGCAACCCUGUCGACGGCUUCAUUUUGCAAGCACCAAUCUCUGACCGCGAGGCAUUUAAGCUUGAGUUCCCAGAUACAGAUAAAAGCGUACAAGUUGCUGAACAGAUGAUUACAGCCGGUAAAGCAGACCACAUUGCUCCCAGAGAGGUCAUCCCACCAUCGCUGGGCCCUGCAGUUUCAGCGUACAGGCUAAGAUCAUUGCUGGCAAAAGGGGGCGAUGAGGAUUUUUUUUCUUCUGACCUUGACGAUGCCAUUGUCAAGAAAAUAUGGGGCCGCUUCGAUAAGCCUGUCCUGGUGCUACAUUCAGAAAAGGAUGAAAAUGUACCACACAAUGUGGACCAAAGAAAGUUGAACAAGCUUUACCAGCAGGCAGGGGCUCAAAUUAGCUCUCUAUCAGAUUUGAUACCAAAUACCGGCCACACUGUUCGACGAGACUCGGCUCGUGAAUGGUUGGGGGAGAGGGUUAUUAAAUUCUUGGAGACACUGGCUUGA